UCGAACGCUCUCUGCGCACCACAGCGAGUUGAUAUUACACAGUUGUUCACAUCAGGUUUUCAUCCCGUUUGGCUCUAAUAUCAUGGGCGGAGUGUGCUUGUGCUGCUCGUGGACUUGCAGACCGGUGUGGCCACUUUUCAUUAUUCUGGCCACUUUGCCCUGCGUGCUGCACUGCUCGGAGAGUCCGGCCGCUGCGGGGGCUGCGAAGGUGUACCCGCGGGGCAACCACUGGGCUGUAGGUCAUUUGAUGGGCAAGAAGAGCGUCGAGAGCCUGCCUGAGCAGCGGGAGGCAAACCCUGACGGUGACUACCUCGCGACCUCGGAAGGAGCUGGGGUCACGGAGCUGGACCGAUACCAGCCUCUGAUGGAGGCUCUGCUGCAGCAAAAGAACCAGAACCAGAUGAAGCCAAAAGCUGCAGACGGGCUGCUCCGGCUGCUCAGCAGCUGGAGAGAAGAGGACAGGGACAAGUACCUCAGAGAGAUGUCGCACCUGCGUCUUCUGGCUUUGAAACUGCGAGGCGAUGACUCCACCUGAAGGCCUGACGGAUUCUGUUUGAAAAGCGAUCAUCGGUAUAUAAUUAACACGUGCCCUGCAAUCACAUAUCUACACUGGAAAGUUUCCCUGCUGUAAGAAGAGGGCGGAAACCCACUGGGAAAUUAUUUUAUCUGUAAUUUUAAAUGUCUCACUGCAGACAUGCAGACUGGCUCGAAAACUUUAUGUUGCAUAAGCCCCAAAAAAAGAAAAAAGCCUGAAUAAAUUGAACCUUGUGAUAACUG